UCCAGCCUCUGCGGUGUGUAUGCUGCGCAGCUGAAGGCUUGGUGCAUGCUAUAUAGGCGCAUGUGUCCUUGCCCUCGUUUGCGGCUCUUCUCUCGCUCCUGCGUCUGUCCAGGUCACCUGUUCCGUUGCGCGUCGCAUUGUCGUUGCGCAAGCAUCUUGCACCGCAGCGGCCCGUGAUCGUCACCUUGCCCAGUGCAAACGACAAAAGCCAACUCCGGCCAGCUUCUUUCCGAGCGCUCACCACACCCUCCGUCGCGCCUUCUCUAUCCGCCGCUCAUCCUCGCGCCUGUUAUAGGCUCGUCAGCAGCCGACUCCGGCCCGCCUCUGCAGGCUUCUGUACGAAAUACAUCCGUGCUGCUGUUCGUCGAGCGCCAUCUGCGCCGGGCCCCUCUGCCGCCAUGGCUUCCAACGACUACUACUCGUCCUUUCCAGGAGGCAACAACCCAGCCUCGCGCCCACAGCCGCCCCAACACACGCCCUCAGCGCAGUCGCUGCAGUCGAUAUCGCCCGUGACAUCACCGUUUGACGACGCGAAUCGCUACGACAACAACCCUCGCCACGACUACUCCUCGACCGCCCACCUCACACACACCCAGACUGGCGUUUCCUCGGCAUACAGCGACACCGCUUACCACGGCAACGACCAGGCGCAUCCUUACAACAAUCGCUACGACUCGCCGCCUGCAGCCGCCCAGCACGACCCCUUUGCCGACCAGAACGCCAUCCCGCUGCAACAGCACGGCAAGAUGGGCGCACAUCCCGCUGCGGCAGGCGUGUAUCAGAUGGACCCUGAGGGAAGACCAAGGGAGAAGCGAAAGAAGAAGAAGGGGUGGUUCAGUGGGAGGGUCACCUGGGUCGUCUACAUCCUCACCACCAUACAAAUCGGCGUGUUCAUCGGGGAGAUCAUCAAGAAUGGGGUCCUCACCGGCACUCCCAUCCAGAUCAAGCCCAACUUCAACAUCAUGAUCGGCCCCUCGCCCUACGUCCUCAUCAACAUGGGCGCCCGCUACCAGCCCUGCAUGCACUACGUCGAAGCCGUCCUCGACGGCAACAUCUCUCUCUGGCCCUGCCCCAACACCACAACCUCCGACUCCACCUGCUCCCUCUCCGACCUCUGCGGCAUGGGCGGCGUCCCGGACCAGCCCGUCGGCCUCAAAUGGGAGGACCGCAAGACCAAGCCCGACCAGGAGCCCGAUCAGUGGUGGCGCUUCAUCACGCCCAUCUUCCUGCACGCGGGGCUCAUCCACAUCGGCUUCAAUAUGCUGCUGCAGCUGACGCUCGGCCGCGACAUGGAGAAGGAAAUUGGGCCGCUGCGCUUCGCCUUGGUGUACUUUGCGUCGGGCAUCUUCGGUUUCGUGCUGGGCGGCAACUACGCUGCUGAGGGCAUAUCCUCGGUCGGCGCGUCCGGCUCCCUCUUCGGCAUCCUCGCUCUCGUCAUGCUCGACUUGCUCUACAACUGGAGUACGCGCCGCUCCCCCGUAAAGGACCUCCUCUUCCUGCUCCUCGACAUCGCAAUCUCCUUCGUGCUGGGCUUGCUUCCUGGUCUCGACAACUUCAGCCACAUCGGCGGCUUCCUGAUGGGCUUUGUGCUCGGCAUCUGCAUCCUGCAUUCCCCGCAGGCGCUCCGCCAGCGCAUCGGCGUCGACGAGCCGCCGUACGCCCCGGCGAACCAGAAUCCCGACUCCAGUUCCGCCCCGGGCUUGCAGAAAUUCGUCAAGCAGCCGGUGGGUUUCUUCAAGGGGCGCAAGCCGUUCUGGUGGGCAUGGUGGCUCGUCCGCGCGGCGCUGCUCGUGGUCGUGUUCGUCGGGUUUAUCCUGCUGCUGAGGAACUUUUACGAGUGGCGGAAUGGUUGUAGUUGGUGUCAUCAUUUGACGUGUUUGCCCAUCAAGACAGGAAACACAACCUGGUGCGACAUUGGCAACAUCAAGCCCACGACGGCUGCGGCCAGCCAGCCGACGGCUACCUCGGCGCCGGUGAGAUUGUUGUUUUAGCGCCCUAUCCUAUUAUAUCCUACACAGACGUGCAGUGAGCGGUGGACACACCAAGUGCAGCGCAAAGUGCCCAUCAGAGUAAUGUUUUGUACCACCAUACUAUACCAGUCCUCGGACUUUUUUUCUUUUCUUUUGGAAUUUGAAAGCAGGGCAGGCGGCGGAGAUACCACUCAGCAUGAUUGCCCCGGCGCUGGGGAGGGCGUUUUAUCAUUCACUUGGAUUGUAAGGACUAGAUAGGACAAGACCAGCAUUGGGAGGAAACUAGGAUAAUGAAUGAACACGAUGAGAAGACGGUCGAACAGACCUGCAUCGCUUUGUCAGCUCUGCCUCGGGCGUAACCAGGGUGCGUACGUGCUUGGCUUGGAAGUGAAAUGUGGCAUUGGCAUUG